GGCCGCCUCCCGAGCGCCGAGGCCCGCCGCCCACCACGACGACGACGACGUCCUGCUCCUGCCCCACUGACCGCCUGAGGGGAAGGAGAGCGCCUGAGGGAGGGAGGGAGAGGCACGAGGGGGAGACCAGAGACCCCCCCCGGCCAUGGAGCUCGCCAAGCCGGUCUUCCCCGCGCUGCCGCAGCCCAAAGAGGACUCUGAGGACUGGACAUACCCAAUGAGAAGAGAGAUGCAGGAAAUUUUACCUGGGUUGUUCCUGGGCCCGUAUUCUUCAGCUAUGAAAAGCAAGCUACCUAUACUUCAGAAACAUGGAAUUACCCAUGUAAUAUGCAUACGACAAAAUAUUGAAGCAAACUUUAUUAAACCAAACUUCCAGCAGUUAUUUAGGUAUUUAGUCUUGGAUAUUGCAGAUCAUCCCAUUGAAAAUAUAAUCAGAUUUUUCCCGACGACUAAGGCAUUUAUUGAUGGGAGUUUACAAACUGGAGGAAAAGUUCUUGUCCAUGGGAACGCGGGGAUUUCUAGAAGUGCUGCCUUAGUUAUUGCAUAUAUUAUGGAAACAUUUGGAGUGAAGUACAGGGAUGCAUUUACAUACGUGCAAGAAAGAAGGUUUUGUAUUAAUCCCAAUGCUGGAUUUGUUCAUCAACUUCAGGAAUAUGAAGCCAUCUAUCUAGCAAAGUUAACUAUCCAGAUGAUGUCUCCUCGGCAGCUGGAGCAAUCACUGUCUGUCAGUACGGGAAGUCUGAAACGAACCCAUGAAGAGGAUGAGGAAAUCAGCAAUAUGCAAGCCGCAGCUCAGAACGGUUGACACCAAGGGCAGCACUCUGGACUUGCUGGCUGGAAAUUUCUAUUCAUGGCAGCUGCUAACGUCAGCAAGAUGAACAACCAGAUCUAUUUUUUAUAUAUAUAAAAUGGGAGACGAGUCCAACUUCCUUAUGCAAACCUGCCCCUCCAGUAGCACACCAGGCAACACGGUUAAGGGUAUUGGAUUCCUUGACUGACUAGAUGGCACUGAUUGUUUUGCUCCUUUUUUUACACUUUAUAGUUUUACCCUAAACCAAGACUUUGGACUUGCAAAGAGGUAUUAUUGCAAUAAUGCACUUUUCAUACUUGAAAUUUCUUUAUUUGUAUUGAUAAAGUUAUUACUUAAACAAAACGUGGGGGGAAUGAUUUGUUUAUAAAGUUAUUUGUGUAAUUUAUAACAAGAGUCUUUAGUAAAAAAAGGAAAAGAAUGAAAAGAAACAACUUCCUAAAAUUCA